CAAGCGGAAGUGAGUCGCACUUCUGCCAACUUGUUGCUGGAUUUAGCUGCGUUGCUGAGCCUCACUGGAGAACACUUCAACUAUCUGAUAUCCCGUGUAAAAGAUCACAAUGAAUCAAGAAAAGCUCGCAAAGCUCCAAGCACAGGUCCGGAUAGGCGGAAAGGGAACGCCCCGCAGGAAGAAAAAGGUCGUCCACAAAACAGCCACAGCUGAUGACAAAAAACUCCAAGGCUCUCUGAAGAAAUUAGCAGUGAAUAACAUCGCGGGAAUAGAAGAGGUCAACAUGAUCAGAGAUGACGGCACCGUGAUCCACUUCAACAACCCCAAAGUUCAAGCCUCCUUGUCCGCCAACACCUUCGCCAUCACCGGUCACGGCGAGACCAAGCAGGUCACAGAGAUGCUGCCGGGCAUCCUGAGCCAGCUGGGGGCCGACAGCCUCAGCAGCCUGCGCAAACUGGCCGAGCAGUUCCCACGGCCGUCGAUGGACAUGAAGGCGGUGAAGGAGGAGCUUGCAGAAGAGGAAGACGAUGACGUGCCAGAUCUGGUGGAGAACUUUGACGAGGCAUCCAAGAACGAAGCAAACUGAUUCCCGGUGAGGUCUCUCCUCCCGCAGACUUGGAAAGGUCACACCCUCUGAUGGCGUUAGAAGGUGCGGAGCAUCUUCAUCAUCCUCAUCUGCGGAGAACCACCUCGGUUGGUUGGAAGGCACAAACAUCCCGGCACGGACUCUCGAUGGCUUUAAAAUCCACUUCUUUGUGGAUACAUGUAAACAGUAGAUUCUUUAUGAAACACUUGCAGAGCAGAGAAUUCAUUUUAGUUAUAGUGCUGAAUUUAAUAAAAGUUUUUGGCCUAUACUCCCU